CUUGAGGCAAACGCACGGGCAGCACUGUGCCUUUUCCCUGCCUCAGGACCGAGUAUAUACAGUACCACUCCUACUACAUCUCUUCUUUAUCUUUUAUUUUCCUUGAAUCUUUCUCGGUGACCCAGUGAAGCCACCAUCCACCGUGAAAGUGUAGAGAAGUCAAGUCGCGCUUGAGGAAGCCAUGGCUCCAAUUCCACUUCACACCGCCUCGCCCAUCAACACCAACAUUCCUUCCCACCCCCAGGCUGUUUCGCCCAGUACUGCAGCAGCACGAUACACCCCUGUGGAUGCUCCGGCCACUACCACAGCGACGCCUACCGGGUCUGCCCACGGAGCGGCUCCUUCAUCACAACCAGCGCGGCCCGGUGCUCCUGCGGUGCCACAGCCCACAAAUACUGUGUCGAGCACCUGCAAUCGCAGAUUCGAACCGACAGCUACUGUGCCUGCGGACGGCAGUAGCAGCAGCAGAGUGACCGACAGCCCUCCUCCACCACAACCUGGUGCGGUGCCGUCUCCGCCGCAGUCGACGUCCAGAGACCACUCUCCCAAGCUUUCGAUUCCACCUGCACCACGCCCUGGCGAUGUUCCUCAAUGGACACCCUCGAGUGCCUCUCCGAUCCGCCAUGCUGUGCCAUCCCCUACGCCCACUCAUUCACGCCCUGUGCCCCUCCCUAAUCACCAGCAAUCGCCCUCCCUCUACACUCCUACGCGCUCCAUUCCUCCGGCCGGCAUGACGUCGAACUAUCCUCAAGACCUGUCCCAUCCGCCAGGCUACAUGCAGGACUCACGGGCCUCGUUCGAUGACAAGCCGGUCGAGUUCUGCCAGCCCUACGAGAACAGGGCUAGUCCCACGUCCUCGAAUAGAGGCGGGAUAUUGGACGCCGAACCGACAUUCGACCGUGGCUCGGACAACGAGUCCGGGGUCCUGACCACUGCUAUAGCAUGGGCAAAGGCUGCAGGCAAGAAAUUGUCAAAAACGGAAGAGCAGAUAUGGAGACAAAUCAACGGCGACGGGAAGACCUAGGCCGAUUAGCGCAGGGAAACCCGCUAAACAGAUGGCGAAGGCUUGAUCGGUGAGAACGUACAGCAAGAAUGAU